AUGAGGUUUGAUCUGUGGAUGUCGCUCCGCAGAAGCUUGGAACCUCUUGAGCGUGCUGAUGCCUUUCUCGAAUGCUGCGCUCGAUACACAAUGCAGAAAUCCAGUCUGAUGGAACACGAAGCUGUAUACUGCGGGGCAUAUCGUGCUAUCAUCGGUCAACCUCCCGAGUGGAAAGCCGCGCUACGACUCCGCAAGGAGAAACGUAACCCUGAUAUCGGAUGUCCUUCCGAUGCGGGCAACAUCAUCUUGACUAGGAAAGCAAAAGGCCAUUCUCGGAGCCACAGUCGCGUGCCAGAUGACCAAAGUAUCGCCAGAGCGAUCAAUUUUCUCUUCGUCACCACCAAGGCUGAACCCAACAGGUCGACUCUGUGCCUGUUAGGAUGUGGCGACAAUGCCAAUGCCGUGCGAGAGUUUGAUGUGAUCAUCUUGGGCGUUGACCCGGCCGAGAUCGAGAAGGUCCUUACACAGCACUCGAGGUGCGAUGCACUGCAAGUCAAGCUCGUCAUUAGCAUUGCUGCCGGCUCGACGAGACCCAAACUCGAAGCAGAUCAUUUACGGAAGCGAAACAACCGCGGCCAUCAACUUGGGCCGAGCCUGGGUCUCGGAGCCUACCCCGCCCCAGCACUACCUCCAAAUCACCUCGCGAUCUACGAAAAGAUCGUCCAUGCGGUUCAAAUUGAACCGAGACUGAUGAAUGCGACCACGGCAGUUGAUGGUUUCACCCCGGCCUUUUUCGCUGUGAUCUGCGACGCCCUUAUUGAUGCGGCCAUGGCGGUCGGCGUUCCUAGGGAUUUGGCGCAUACCAUGAUCCUUCAAUCUAUGCAAGGGACUGCCUCAAUGCUGCAAGGGGAAUGCAGCCGGCGGUACUCAGACCCGGCGGUACUCAGAGAUCAGGGCACAUCUUUUGAAAGAUACACAAUGGGUGGAUUAAUGGUCAUGAAAGAAGCAGGUGUCCGUGGCCACAUUGGACGGGCUCUUCGAGAAGCCGUGACUCUGGCUCGAUUGAUGGAGACCACGGAACACGUCAACGACACCAGACAUUGA